GGAGGGCAAGGAAGCCAAUGAAUUAUUGGAGUGCCAGCUGCAGGAGGGCAAGGAAGCCAAUGAAUUAUUGGAGUGCCAGCUGCAGGAGGGCAAGGAAGCCAAUAGAUUAUUGGAGCUCCAGCUGCAGGAGCUGGAGAAGGCCCUGGCUGCUGUGCAGCACCAGCUGCGGGAGAGCGAUGAGUCCACUACAGACACUGCACCGCUGUCCCAUGUAAAGGAGCUGGAGCGCCAGCUGCGGGAGGGCAAGGAAGCCAAUGAAUUAUUGGAGCGCCAGCUGCAGGAGCGUGAGAAUGCCCUGGCUGCUGUGCAGCACCAGCUGCGGGAGAGGGAUGAGUCCACUACAGACACUGCACCGCUGUCCCAUGUCAAUGAGUUGGAGCGCCAGCUGC